GCCCGGAACGGGCGGGCGCGGCGCUGGGUCUCUGGCGGCGUUGCUCCCUUGUCCGAGCGCAAUGCAAGGGAGACUCCCGCCAUCCACAACUCGCUCGCCCCAAAAGGCAAGCUGGGCGCACUGUUGGGGAAACUGAGGCCCGGAGGGCAAACCCCGCGAUAAUUGCCUGCGCUGGUUGCGCUCUCGCCGGGCCGGGAUCAAGUGCUGGGGAAGCAGCAGGAGGCCCCUCCCGUGCGGCUCAGGGACGGGGAGAGCGCCGUUCCAGCUCGCCGCUUCCCGGGCGCCCUGUCGGGCCGGGGCUGGGCUCCGGUCGGUGACAGCCCGCGCCUGCGUCUCGCGCCGGCCAUUGCGCCUUUCCUAACGCCCCUGUCCCCGGGCCGCCGGCCUCGCGCUGGGCACCGGCGCGGUGUUUGCUGACACUCGGAGCUGCUGGUGGCUGAAGCCUCGCAGGUACAGGAAACGGCCGGAGUCACAGGCGGGAGCGCGUCCUUCCGUCCUUUCCCUGCGCACCCGCCCCGUGGAGUCCUGGGCGCUGGACUGUGGACCGGUUCCAGGAGCGCCGGGAGGCCCGGGAAGGGCGUGGGGCGGGGACCUGCCCCGAUGGGCCUGGGAACGGGCUGCUCUGGCGGCCUCGCUCUCAAGCACAGACGCCAGUGUCGCCUGCAGAGGUGCUCGCCUCCCUCUCCCAGGUCAGGCGCGCGGAGGACCCGGCUGCUCCGUUCAGCUUUGUGUGCUGGGGCCAGGCCUUCCAGGGGCGAAGGGGGUGUCUGGUGGGACCUGGGGCCCAGGUUGGCAGCCACGUGAUGCCGACCAGACCCCGCAGGGGCAGGCCCUCCUCACCCCCAGGAGAUGCCAGGUGCUGUGGCAGCUACGUGUGGGGAGCACAUUGGGCCCUGGUCCCAAGCGUGGGCACUGCCCUUGGUGACCCCACUUCCCGCGGCCCCGGCAUGUGUUGUCGGAUGGAAUGUUGGGGAGGUUGCUCACACACGUGUUCCAGAGGGCUCUCUGCCCCAGGGCACCCUGGGAAGGCGCGGAAACUUCCCAGCCUCCUCUCGGGGCGACCCAGCAGCCCAGCGGCCAACUGUGCAGGGAGGAGGCGCUGGGCUGGGAGCUGGGCCGGAGGAGGCGCUGGGCUGGGAGCUGGGCCGGAGGAGGCGCUGGGCGGCCCUCCCACACUCCUCUGUCCUGUUGCCCCGGCGGCUCCUGCUCCCUGGAAGGGCGGCGACCCCCUGGUGCAGACGCAGCCAGGCCGCCUGCAGAGCCGCAGGGCCCGCGUCCACCAGCAGAUCAGCAAGGAGCUCCGGAUGCGGGCGGGCGCCGAGAACCUGUACAGAGCCACCAGCAACACCCGAGUCAGGGAGACCGUGGCCCUGGAGCUGAGCUACGUCAACUCCAGCCUGCAGCUGCUGAAGGAGGAGCUGGAGGAGCUGGACUGCGGCAGCGACGCGGACGGGCCCGGGAGUGAAGGCGUCACUGUCCCCCUGAUCCCCCUGGGGCUGAAGGAGACGCAAGAGCUGGACUGGUCCGCAGCCCUGAGGGAGCUGAUCUCUGAGCACUUUGGAGAGGAUGGCGCCACCUACGAGGCGGAAAUCAGGGAGCUGGCCAACCUGCGGCAGGCCACGCGGACGCCCAGCCGGAGCCAGGCCGGCCUGGAGCUGCUCAUGUCCUACUACAGCCAGCUCUGCCUCCUGGACGCCCGCUUCGUGAGCCCCGCCCGUGGCCUGGGGCUGCUCUUCCACUGGUACGACUCGCUCACGGGGGUCCCGGCCCAGCAGCAGGCGCUGGCGUUCGAGAAGGGCAGCGUGCUCUUCAACAUUGGGGCGCUGCACACCCAGAUCGGGGCGCGCCAGGACCGCACCUGCCCCGGGGGCGCCAGCCGUGCAGCCGAGGCCUUUCAGAGGGCGGCAGGCGCCUUCAGCCUCCUGCGGGAGAAGUUCUCCCACGCGCCCAGCCCCGACAUGAGCCCUGCCUCGCUCCGCGUGCUGCAGCAGCUCAUGACCGCCCAGGCCCAGGAGUGUGUCUUCGAGGGUCUCUCGCUCCCGGCCCCCGCCGCCCCCCAUGACUGCCUGGCCCAGCUGCGCCUGGCGCAGGAGGCCGCCCAGGUGGCGGCCGAGUAUGAGCAGGUGCAUCGGGCCAUGGCCCAGCCGCCGGUCCGAGACUACGUGCCCUUCGCCUGGACCACGCUGGUGAUCGUCAAGGCCGAGCACUUCCGCGCCCUGGCCCACUUCCACGCGGCCACGGCCCUCUGCGGCGGCCCGCCGGCCGAGGAGCUCCUGGUGCGGGAGCGGGAGGUCUUCCUGGAGCCCCAGGCCCCCCCUGAGCCCCAGCGCCCCGCACUGGCACCGCCGCAGGAGCCCGAGGAGCGCAGGAAGCUGGGCAAGGCCCACCUGAGGCGCGCCAUCCUGGGGCAGGAGGCGGCGCUGAGGCUGCACGCCGUGGGCCGCGCCCUGCGCCGCGUGGACCCGCUGCAGGCGGUGCUGGCCCAGGCGCUGCGGCGCUCGCUGGCCAAGUACUCGGAGCUGGACCUGGAGGACGACUUCUUCGAGGCCCCGGAGGCCCCCGACAUCCAGCCCAGAACGUCCCAGAGGCCGGAGGUCCGCGCCCCCAGCUUCUCGCAGGUGAAGGUGGCCGACAUCUUCCACCGGCUGGGGCCCCUGUCUGUGUUCUCAGCCAAGAACCGCUGGCGGCUGGGGGGCCCCGUGCACGUGACCCGAGGGGAGGGCGGCUUCGGCUUCACGCUGCGGGGAGACGCGCCCGUGCUCAUCGCCGCCGUGGUCCCCGGGGGCCAGGCCGCGGCGGCCGGCCUCCAGGAGGGCGACUACAUCGUGUCGGUGGACGGGCAGCCGUGCCGGUGGUGGAAGCACGCGGAGGUGGUGGCCCGGCUGAAGGGCGUGGGCGACGCGGGCGUGAGCCUGCAGGUGGCGACCCUGCUGCCCGCCGAGCCCGGCACGGGGGACCGCCGGCCGCUGCGGGGGCUGCUGAGGAGCCAGGAGCGCGGCUGGGAGCCUGCGCCCGCGAGAGCCAGCCCCAGGCCCCUGCUCGGCUGGAGCCGCAAGGCCAAGAGGGGCAAGACUGGGGGGCGGCCGUCCCCAGACCCCCGGCCCUGAGCUGCUCCGCCGCACCCCUGGUCGCCCAAGGAGACGUGAGGGGCGGCUCCCCACAGGGGGGCCCAGCCUGGCCUGCAGCUGGCUGGGGGCGGGGACCCCGUCGUGUCCUCCCCCAGCCCCGGAGGACCUUCAAGCCAGUUGCCGUCCGGCCCAGUGCCCACUGCCCAUUAAAGACAGUGUCGGAUGAGGCGUGUCCGCCCAGUGCGGGGCCGGGCCCUGCACCCCCACUCACCUGGGGCCCCAGGAGGGCCGCUCCCAGGUGGGGUGGGGGUCUAGCCGCUCCUCUUUGAGCCGAAGGAGCGGGGCGGGGGGUCAGCUUUGGGUCCCUGCAGCUGGGUCCUCUCCCCCGUGGUGGCUUCCCAGGGCCCCUCAGCUGGCCUGUCCCCCUCCUGCCCCCACCCUGCCCACACCCCCCUCAGGGCGGGGUUCACCCUGAGCCCAGCUUCUGCCUGGCCCAGGACACCUGCCAGGCAGCCCUCCUCCGCCUUCCAGGCACCCGCAGCCAAGGCCCGGCUCAGCCCCUGCCCGGCCUCCAGGCCUCCAUCUCGCCCUGCCCGGCCUCCACACAGCACCCCCAGCGGCCUGGGGGGCCUUCCCUCUGGGCGGGUCCCAGCCACGACCCCCCUGCAACACCUGCCAUGUCCCCUCUGUGCACAGGGGCCCUCCCCCCUCUCUUCUCGGCCCCUCCUCCUCACGCGCUCCCUUUGGCGUCAGAGCCUGGAUCUCAUACAGCCCCUCCCAGCCGCCCCGCGCCCCUCGGCCUGGCCCCGCCCUGAAGCCCUGCCUGGGCCCCGGCUGCUGGCCCACCUGGAACCUGCCCUGAGGCUUCCUCACCCUCGGGCUCGGACCCAGCACCGAUGACCCCGCCUGCCCGGCCCUCGGCUCCGUGCCCACCCCUCCCCGUGGCGCUGGCUGGGCUCAGACUGAGUCCUCCGUGUCCCCAAGCUGCGUGCGCACAGGGAGGCGGACCUGGUUCAGUGGUUGAGAGGUGAGGGCCUCCGUGGUGAGGGCGGCGGGGAGCUCUGGGCCUCCGUCCCAUCCCGGGGGAGACGGCAGUGAGGGGGGCCGGCUGAGGAUGGAGGGGCUCAGCCUGGGCCUGGAGGGCGGUGCGUCCAGGCGGGCGGCUCAGCUGCUGGGGCGCCCUCGGGGCAGCAGAGGUUGCCGGUUUGACUCCCAGGGCGCACACCUCGGCCGUGGGUGGAUCCCUGGUUGGGGCACCUGCCGGCCAACCCAGCUCCUCACACUGGCGUUUCCCUCUCUUCCUCGCUCUAAAAGUCAGUUAAAAACCCACGUAUCCUGGGGUGAGGCUUUAAAACGGGGGGAGGGGGAGAGGGCCUGGAGACACCUGGAGGGGCGCCGCCUGCGGGCAGAUUGGGGUCGGGGCCGGUUGGUCAGGGAUCCCUGUGGCCACCAGGGGGCAGCCGUCGCCCGAUGCUGCGGCGCGGAUGCGGGAUCUCCGGCCGGGGCGGGGCGGGCGCGGAGGACCCCCUGCCGGCCA